AUUCAUUCAUGCUAGGUAUUUAAAUUAUUGCCUCGACCCUCCCCUUAUAAUCAAAAUCAUAAAUCGAUUUCAAACUCAGGUACAAAAUUACAGUUUUUAGAAACCUCUCCGAACAAAUAUCAGUCUCUAUUCUAGAGAAGUAUAUCAGUCUGUAUUCUUUAGUACACAAUAUUCUAGUUGUAACCAAGGCGGACAAAAUUCUACACAGAAACAACGUGAAAGAUGUGGAAAUGCAGGUCCCUAACAAGGCUUCUGCCAUGGAAGAACGCAUGUCAACUAAAAAACAUCCAACCAAAUGUCAUCCCAUGGACUCUAAACAGACCAUUUUCGGUUGAAGCCGCUGAUCCAGAGACUCUGGGAUUUACGAGUCCGAAUCAAGCUCGCCGUCCAGGUUCUAUCUAUGCAAAAUUGACUGGUACGGGGCGAUACACCUUGAAGAUGGACAUCGCGCAUUAUUUCGAUGGUUGUGGUUUGACACCAGAGGAUAUUAAAGUUACAUACAAUAGGACCUAUACUCCAACUGGCAUGAUAUUGCAGUUCCCCUCCAGGGCCGCUUUUGCUACAGCAUUAAGAAUGUCAGUUGCUAAAGGGCGCCAGUAUUGGUUGCAGGAGGUGGAUCACUUUCUGUGGAGUAAUACACCUCCUUUUGAAGGAAAAGUUUUGCUCCUGACUGGUAUUCCAAGAAUUGCUUUCAUUGAUGACGUGGAGCGAUUUUUAUCUGGAUGUGAUUACAUUAAUCCCAGUAUACGUUUAUUUUUUAAGCAAGAAUUGGAUGAUGCAAUUCGAGUUGCUCUUGUGAGUUGCCGGACCGAAAUGGAUGCAAUGAAUAUCCAGCGGCAGAAAAAUCAAAGCAUUUGUCUUAACAGUCCCAUCACUGUAAGGGUGCUGCAUUAAUGGUGCCUCGCGAGUAUUCAUAGAGGCUUUUGUUUGUAGGCUUGAUCGACAGUGAUAUUUGGCAUGUAGCAAUACGUUUUGGGCGCUGCAUCGGUGAAAUUUGGCCUACAUUUGCCCUUUGAGUACAUUCAGGAACAUGUAUUCAGAUGAACUUGGGGAAGUUUCCCAAAUCUCAAAGUGAGAUAUGAAUUGUAAAAGCACAGCUAAAUUGAUUCGUUAUAUGUCCUCAAUAAUUUGCGGGGAAAAUCUAAGAGGAAACAUUUUGAAUAGGGUUGCAAGCUUCAUCUUCUUUUAA